AAAUGAAAGAUCACCUUAUCAGCUCAUCUCGCUCUGUCGUUUUCCUAUGCCUACUUUCUUUUUCUAUAAUCCACACUUUCUUUCCACCGCAAUAAACACGAGUAUAAUUCUGACAGUAACUCAAAAUCUUCAAGUUUUGGCUUAAAGAACAAACCGACCAUGGCUGUUAUAAAACCUGGUUUUUCUUUUGAACCCACCAAUCGUGACCACAAUGGCUUUAAUCACAUCAGCGUUUUCUAAGCCUAGCUCCUUACCUUUUUCACCUCUUCAAAGAGUAACAAAGACGACGAGGACUAGACCUUUCUCUUUCAAAGUCCUCAACUCGGGAUUUAAUCAAGCACAGGAAAAGCAGAGUCCUUUGCAUUCAAGAUUUGUAACUCAGCUACGUCGGGAAGUCUCGGCUUUGGCUAAUGGGGUGUCAGUUGUGGCAAAAGAAGCAGAACAAGAAGUGAAACCCCAGGAUAGAAUUUUGUUAUCUGAUGUGGUGGUGCAAAAUAGGAGGGAGGUGUUUUGGAGGACAAAUUGGAACGCUUUGGAUAUAGCCUCUGCUGGUAUUGUCUUAGCCAUGCAUUUGCUCGGCCUUUGUGCACCUUUUUAUUUCACUUGGCCUGCCUUUUGGGUUGCUGCGGGACUCUAUCUGGUAUCAGGAUUGGGGAUUACAUUGUCUUUCCAUAGGAAUCUUUCUCAUAGAAGCUUCAAGCUUCCAAAAUGGCUUGAGUACUUGUUUGCUUAUUGUGGAGUUCAAGCACUUCAGGGGAACCCAAUUGAUUGGGUAAGCACCCACAGGUACCACCACCAGUUUUGUGAUUCUGAAAGAGAUCCUCAUAGCCCCAUUGAAGGGUUUUGGUAUAGCCACAUGAACUGGCUCUUUGAUACAAAUACUGUUGCUGAAAAGCGUGGAGAAUCAAGCAAUGUUGGGGAUUUGGAGAAGCAACCCUUCUACAGGUUCCUUCAAACUACUUAUCUUCUCCAUCCCAUUGCAUUUGGAGUUCUGCUAUAUGCCCUUGGUGGGUUCCCAUUCCUGGUUUGGGGAAUGGGUGUGAGGAUUAUAUGGGUAUACCACAUCACUUGGCUUGUAAAUUCAGCUUCCCAUGUGUGGGGGAAGCAAGCAUGGAAUACUGGUGAUCUAUCCAAGAACAAUUGGUGGGUGGCAUUGCUUGCGUUUGGAGAAGGUUGGCACAACAACCACCAUGCUUUCGAAUACUCGGCCCGACACGGUCUGGAAUGGUGGCAGUUGGAUAUGACAUGGUAUGUAAUCAAAUUCCUUCAAGUUAUUGGGCUGGCAACUGAGGUUAAACUACCUUCUCAAGUUCACAAGCAAAGAAUGGCUUUCAACAACUGAGGCGUCCAUAGCAGGAACCAUUCUACUCUAAUCUUCAGGCCUUUAUUUACAGGAGUUUGCUUAACAAUGAUGACAUCUUAACUCUGAACUACAUAUAUCUCUGGACUCUUUUACCUGAAUUAAAUUAUUAACAUCCCCCCAGCCCUAAGUUCUUAAGGCUUCAAACUGCAUCAUUUGGCAAAGUUAUGGUGAAACCUGUUGCAGGGACUCUUAACUUUUGAUUUUAACUUACAGUAAUCUCACCUCAUGGAGACUGUAAGUUCAAACGCGCCCAAGUAUAAUUGGGACUAUAAAUAAUUCAGAUUCUGAAAGGGGAAAAAAACAUGGCAUAAUAGGCAUAUUGUCGUUCAACAUG